GGAUCGGGCGGAGAGAGACAGAGAGAGAAAAAGAGAAAAAAGCAGAAGUGGUCGAUCGACGCCGAUUUGAGCCGAUCGACGCGGGGCAACGGGGCAACGGGGCAACGGGGCAACGGGGCAAAAAAAGGGGUCGAUCGGUGUGGAAGGGAUUGGCCGCGACGCUGGAGGCGGACAGAGAAAGAGAGAGAGGAUGAGACGGAGAGAAAACGGUGAGAAAAAAAAGGCAAAGAAAAAAAAAUGGAAAUUCUACUGCUUUAUCUUCACAAGCUCAGCUCGUGCCAGUGUUGCAGGUCUUCUGUUUCACGUUCCCGCUGUCUCCUUCUGCUGCUUUUUCUCUAGACCAGCAGCCAGCCACCCGCCCGUCAGCAAGCUUGCAUCUCUUUUCCGUCGGAAACACCCUCUUUUCUAAUAGUCCGCCUUCCUGCCAAGCACCCCGACACCAUGGUCAAGAGACAAAGACGUCGCGAUGAUGUGGACGGUGCCAAUGGCGCCGUGGGCGCCGUGGGCGCCGAAGGCGCCAGCACAGGCACAGACGUGUCUGGCGCCGCCUCCAACGGAAGCGGUGCAGCCAGGAAUGAAACUGAUGGUGGCAGAUCAACAGACACAGCAAAACACGAAAAAGACGAAGACGACGACGAAGACGAAGAAGAAGACGGAGACGAGGACGAAGCCGCCGAACAGGAACAGAAACCACAGCGCACGAAACUCGCCAAGAGACAGAAGCUCUCCGCUCACGACCUCCAGGUCGCAAGGGAAACCGCAGAGCUCUUCAAGUCGAACAUCUUCAAGCUCGAGAUCGACGAGCUCAUCAAGGAGCUCAAGCUCAAAGACUCACACUGCCUCCUCAUCGAGAAGAUCCUCCACAAGCUUCACAGCAUCAUCCAGCUUAUACCGCAGUCCGACCCGCUCGCCUUCGACGACGCUGUCGCCUACUUCGACUCCUCCAAUGUCUCGAUACCCUUCCCAGACCCAAAGCCAAACUUCCUCAACUACCCUCUCCAGUACACCGCUCCGGACGACGUCUCCCUCAUAGGCUCCUUCGGCCUCAAAACAGGCAUCCAGCAGAAAAACGGCAUGUCUGUCGACGUCUGCCUCACCAUGCAGAAGUCCCUCAUACAGCAGAAGGACUACUUGAACUACAGAGUCCUUUACAAACAGGCCUUCUAUCUCGCCUACCUCACCCAUCAUCUCUCCAUAUUGGCCCCACAACACAACCUGCCCAUCAAGCUCACGUAUGACUACCACAAUGGUAACAAACUCUGUCCGUCCCUGGUUAUCUCGAGCGACCCAGAAGCCUCCUCUAGCAAGAAGGACCUUCUUUUCAACAAGACUAACUUUUCCAUUAGAAUUUUGAUCGGCCUUCCCUUUGGAACAUUCGAGAGUAAGAAGCUUUUGCCCGACAGAAAUUGCAUCAGAAUCCAAAACUCAUCUGUCACCUCCAUAGAAGAUUUACCGCCAACCCCUCUAUACAACGCCUCCAUCCUCUCGUCUACAACUUAUUCCUACUAUUUGAAAUAUUUAUACACAACGAAAAAAUCAACAGAAAGUUUUAAAGAUGCAGCAGCAUUGGGGAAACUCUGGUUGUCCCAGCGUGGGUUUUCUUCUAAUGUGAAUGAGGGUGGGUUCGGCCAUUUUGAAUUCAACAUGCUCAUGGCGGCUUUAUUACAAGGUGGUGGUACAUCUUCAAAUAAAAUCUUACUGCACGGUUACUCCUGCUACCAACUUUUCAAAGGUACCAUCCGCUAUAUUGCAACCCAGGACAUCUGCGAUGACGGUCAUCUUUCCUUCAGCUCUCUUAUUGGUGACAACAAAUCUGUUUACAAAAAAUCAGGUUUCAAUAUCCCAACAGUUUUUGAUAAAAACACGAAGAUAAAUCUCCUCUGGAAAAUGUCUAAGUCAUCCUAUUCCAUCUUGAAAAAAUAUGCAAUCGAAACAAUGGACUUGUUGAACGAUGUGGUCAAGGACCGUUUUAACCAAAUUUUUCUUACCAACAACACAAAUUCAUACUUGAAGUACGAUUCUGUUGUCUCCAUGCCAUACUCCAAACUAAUAGAAUUAAACGAAGAUAAAUUUGGAUCUUUAGAAAAAAUAUCCUUUGUCACGUUAGAAAAUUACCUCUGUAAUAAAAUCUACAAAAUCUUACUCGAAGCGUUGGAUGAUCGCGUUUAUCAGAUUGACGUCCACCUUUCCCAAAAUACUCCCUCAUGGUCCACUGGUAAAAGGAAGCCCUCAAACAACUUGAAUAACUCGUUACAUCUGAUUAUAGGUUUGUUUUUCAAUCCAAGCGAAUCCGAUAAACGUGUAACAAAGGGUCCAUUACACACGGAGAAAGAAUUGGGUGAGAAAUUCGUCUCUUUUUGGGGAGAUAAGGCUCAAGUUAGAAGAUACAAAGAUACCACUGUUCAGUGGAGCUGUCUUUGGGAUGUUUCACCAACCGACUCUGUCGUAUUAACCAUCGUCAAAUACGUCUUAGAUAGACACAUGUCUAAUUCCGCCAACGAUUCCCAUUUACUAUCUAAUGAUAUCAUUGUGAAUUCUUCCAAAUUUACAUCUUUAUUACCUUCUCCUCUGGUUCCACAUUCUUCGAAUUCUCAACCUCUUAUUUUACCACAGCAUUUCAUUUUGCUUAAAAAUUCAUUUGAUGAAUUGGCCAAGGAUUUGUUAGCAUUGGACCUAACUUUGAAAGUUAGAAGCUUACUACCUACCUCUCCUUCGUUGAGAAACACGUCACCUCUAUUACCUGUUCCAUUUGCAACAGGGAAUCCAGAUUUCUACAAUGAUUGUGUUUUGCAAUUUGAAUCGUCAUCCCGUUGGCCUGAUGAGAUCAAUGCUUUAGAAGAUACCAAGACUGCGUUUUUAUUGAAAGUUUGCAGUGAACUUUUGGAGAAGAACAGUGACGAAUAUAUUGAUGCAUACAUUGUCAAGGAUAAAUCUUCAGUUCCAUAUAACUCAAAUAUAUCUGUGUUAAGAAUUUUGAAGAGCGACGGUUAUGGAUUUGCGAUCAGAGUGAUUACAGAGAAUGACGAGUUUCUUUAUUUGCGUGCCAUUGAAUCAGCAUCGAAGGCUACUGGUCCUUCCCAGCUGGCUUCAGUGGAAUUAUCAUACAUUAGGUUCAUGCAAAAAUAUAUCAAUGCAGUUAAACACCAUCGUAGUAUUUCAAUCUUAGCAACCCAUUUCCCAUACUAUUCUGCAACUGUUCGUCUAUUCAAGUUAUGGUUAGAUUCUCAAAUGAUCUUGAAUCACAUUCCAGAAGAAGUUGUCGAGUUGAUUGUCUUGCAAUCUUUUGUUGAUCCAGCUCCAUACGGUGUUCCUGGAAGUGUCAUGGCAGGUUUCUUGAGGGUUCUAUCUUUCUUAUCUAAAUGGAACUGGAGAGAAGAACCUUUGAUUCUUGACUUGUCCAGAGAGUUCAAUGGUAAUUACGAAGUCAACCCAGACAAGGAAAGUUACGUUGAUAGAAUCAGUGACCGUCUUGAUCUCACAACUUUCCAGACUAUCAAUCAGUCGUUUACCAAGUUGAGAGAGAGUGAUCCACAAGGUGUCAAAGUUCCUUACUUCAUAGGAACCAAGGAAGACAUUUCAGGUAAGGUUUGGACCCGUGGUAUCUCUCUGGUUAUUGCUUCACGUUUGACAUCAUUAUCUAGAGUGGUCUUAGAUGUUCUUUCCAAGAAUGGUCAGAAUGGAGUGGAGAUCAGCGAUCAAUUCAUCAAGUUGAUUUUCACUCCAGCGUUGAAAGACUAUGACGUUGUCAUUAAAUUGGAUUCUGCUAAGCUGAACUCCAAAAAAUUGCGCCGACUUUCUGGUGUCUUGCCAACAAACAUCAAAUUUAAAAACCUUGUUGAACCACUCACCAGGUACGAAGAGGCUGAGAAAUCCUCGGAUCCAGCAAUAAACUAUUACAAGGAUUUGAUUUCAAGGUUUGGAGAAGUUGUUGUUUGGAGUGUCCGUAAGUACGGUGGCUUGGUUGACGCAAACAGUGAUCGUGUAAUUACAGGGUUGGUUGUUCCGGGAAACCAAUCGAGAAAAUUUAGAGUUGGCAUCGCCUAUCCUAUACAGCCUACUGAUGGUGGUAAAGACCUUGUGAGAUUAGACGUGGAAGAUGUCUUGAAGAACUGUGCAGUUUUGGGUGGUGAUAUGAUCCACACCAUCGAACAGAAAAACUAAAUUGCCAUGUUCUUCCUACCACUAUAUAUAUAUGAUACAAAACCUAGAUAAUCAUGUUUAAUAUGUACAUUUUUAGCUGUUUCCUAAUAUUAAUUGUCUACAC